AUGGACAAAAAGCAACGCAAGCUUCAACGUCGAUCCGCACAUACUAUUGCAAGUCUACCAUCGAGUUUACAUGACAACGUGGUGGAUCAAUCACAUCGAGCUGAUGCUCCAAUGGCACCGAAAGAAGCGAAGUUUCCUCGAAAGAAAGAGCCUGUGGUAGUCAAAUUUCAAGAUCCUCGAAUAAAGAAACCUAAGGUAGCCAGUAUGGACAAACCAGUCAGCAAAAUAUUAGUAACUCGCCGAGAUCAAUUGAAGAUGCAGCAAGAAGCAAAGGCUGAAUUAAAAGAAAUGUCCAAGGAUGUGCUAAAAUUUGGUAUUAGUGGAUUCGAUUACAAACAACGUAAGAAAGUGGAGCAAGAAACAGUUGAAAGAUUGGGUGGUCAAAAGCAUAAAGACAAUAAAAUGCCAUACCCGUUGUAUAUGAAAGUGCAAAAGAUUAGGAAAGACAGAGAAAGAACAAAGAGGCAGCUAGAUUUAGCUACUGGGAAUAUGGAUGCAAAAGCUAAAAAGCGAUCAGAUAAAGACAAGAAAAAAUCCAAUUCUCAUCAUUCUAUCGGUCACUGGGUAGAUCGUAGCAAAGGUUCCAAUCCUAGCGUCGGCAAGUACAAGAACGGAAUUUAUUUUGUAAAAUCGUAA